GACUAUACCACCUCUAUCCAUCAGCUGAGCAUCCUGCGGGAAGUCACUUCGAGCGCGCGAGCGGUCGGUGCGGCAUUUCACUCCGUCCGAGCAAAAUGGAUCAUUAAACAGCGCAGGAUGUGACUGAGGGACACAUAAGAAACCAAACUCUUAUUUUUUGCGCCUCCGGUCACCCUGGUUAUACCAUAAUUAUUUUAAUCUGUCACGUGGGUUCUUGUUUGUCUUUCCCUCAUUAAUGUGCGGAUUUUUCGGCGAACACUUUCGAAGUGAUGUCAGGAGGAAAUGUGAUAAAUGUAUCCGAAUGAAUGAAAAGUUAAAAGAUUUUUCAUGGAUGGGGUCUAAUCUAAUGUCAAGCUGGUUGUGAAGGUGUUUGAUCUGGUCCCCUCGACCCCAUCCGGAGUCCCCAUGGCUGCUGGAGUGGCAGCCUGGCUCCCCUUCGCUCGGGCGGCGGCCAUAGGAUGGAUGCCCGUGGCCAACCUGCCCAUGCCUGUUGCACCAUCCAAUAAGAAUAAGCGUCAGGAUGAGCUUAUUAUCCUCAAUGUCAGCGGGCGACGCUUCCAGACAUGGCGGAACACGUUGGACCGCUACCCCGAUACACUCCUGGGGAGCUCAGAGAAAGAGUUCUUCUUCAAUGAGGAGACGAGGGAGUAUUUCUUUGACCGAGAUCCAGAUGUUUUCAGAAGUAUUCUUAACUUCUACCGCACAGGGAAGCUGCACUACCCACGUUACGAGUGCAUCUCUGCCUACGAUGAGGAGCUGGCAUUCUUUGGAAUCAUUCCCGAAAUCAUCAGCGACUGCUGUUAUGAAGAGUACAAGGACCGCAAGAGAGAGAACACUGAACGUCUAAUGGACGACCUUGAGGACAACAAAGACAGCAAACUCCCCAACAUGACUUUCCGUGAGACCAUGUGGAGGGCCUUUGAGAACCCACACACUAGCACCAUGGCACUAGUUUUCUACUACGUAACGGGAUUCUUCAUCGCCCUGUCCGUCAUCACCAACGUGGUUGAGACGGUUCCUUGUGGUUAUAUGCCAAAUCAGAGGGACGUCCCUUGCGGGGAACGCUACACUGAGGCGUUUUUCUGCAUGGACACAGCUUGUGUUAUGAUCUUUACAGUGGAGUAUCUGAUGCGACUGUUUGCGGCACCCAGCCGGUACCGCUUCAUGAGAAGCGUGAUGAGCAUUAUCGAUGUGGUGGCCAUUUUACCAUAUUACAUCGGGCUCGUCAUGACCAACAACGAGGAUGUGAGCGGAGCCUUUGUCACACUACGAGUGUUCCGUGUCUUCCGGAUCUUUAAAUUCUCCCGCCACUCCCAGGGUCUCCGAAUCCUUGGCUACACACUGAAGAGCUGCGCCUCAGAGCUUGGCUUCCUCCUCUUCUCCCUCACCAUGGCCAUCAUUAUCUUUGCCACAGUCAUGUUCUAUGCUGAGAAAGGCUCGUCGUCCAGCAAGUUCACCAGCAUCCCGGCCUCCUUCUGGUACACCAUUGUAACCAUGACAACGCUGGGGUAUGGAGACAUGGUCCCAAAGACCAUAGCAGGGAAGAUCUUUGGCUCCAUCUGUUCCCUCAGUGGGGUGCUGGUCAUCGCUCUGCCUGUUCCUGUCAUAGUUUCCAACUUCAGCCGCAUCUACCAUCAGAACCAGAGAGCUGACAAGCGCAAGGCUCAGAAAGUUCAGAAAGCCAGACUGGCCCGAAUGAGAAUUUCCAAGAGUGGCAGCUCUACCGCCUUCCUGCAUAGCAAACGAAACGGACUCAACCAAUCACUGGAGCUAACGCAGCUCCCCUAUUACAAGAUGAAACUUUCACCACAGGGCUCCUUAGAAGAGGACCAGCAACUGAAAAAGACCACGUCUCUGUUGGAGAGUCAACACCACCAUCUUCUGCACUGUCUAGAGAAAACCACGAAUCAUGAGUUUGUGGACGAGCGUCUGUAUGAACAGGGCUAUUUGCAGACAGCACUGCAGAACUUCCCAUCGCAGAGCCCGUCUCUCUCCAGUGAAGAGGGCAUCACGGGCACCUGCUGUUCUCGAAGACCCAAGAAGAACAUUCAGCCUCUCAAUGCCACACACACACACUCGCACACACACAACCUGCAGGAGCUCAGCGCAUUGCACAUCCAGUGUGGGGAGCAGCAACCACUGAACACCAGUCGUUCCAGUCUCAAUCUGAUGUCGGAUGAAUCAGGGAGUCUGAACUGCAAGAGCAGUGGACUGGUUACAACGGCCAUCAUCAGUAUCCCGACUCCUCCCUCAAACAACUCUCGAGCCAGUCCCGACGCCCCGUCCCCUCCCAACCCAGAAGCCCCGCCUCUUCUGAACCCCAGCAGCACUGAUGUGGUCAAAAUCUCUGCGCUGUAGGAGCAAACAGAACUCAGGAAGAGAAACCGAAGAGUAGCCUGCCCCCUAGUGGGAGAGGAGGUGCACUGACUCAGACUCUCGAAAUAAAAGAAUAUCAAGGAUGCGACUGUGUAAAUGAGAGAGACGACCAUGAGUAUUCAAUCACUCUCCAUCAGGACUGAUAAAGAUGAGGGUGUCAUUGCAGUGUCACUGUGCAUAGAACAUUCCUCCUCCUUUUCCUCCUAGUUUUCUGUUGGGUCAUACUGUUUUUAAAUCGUGGAAAAGAUUUAUGUUUUAACUACAGAUGGAGGCAAGAGGUCAAGCUUUUGUUUUCAUCGGAGAGUCUUGUUUUUUUUUUUUUUUAUCCGUCCGUUAAUCUGUUCCAACAUCACAGACAGCCUCUCAAAGCCUCGGCUUACUUUAUCCCAAUUAUGUUAUGUUUUGAUCUAGAGUAAUUCUCAAAGGAUAAGAGGGAAAAAUCUGCUUUAGAGUCUGGGGGAGACUGUACGAGUGUUUCUUAGAUCAUGUUAAGUUUUUAUUUUUGGAAUAUGAGGUCAAGAGUUACGUCUAACUUGAAUGUUUCUGCCCCGCGUGAGUGUGUGCGUGUGCGAGUUACUGAAUUUGCCCCUCAAACUCUCAGCCUCUCACACAGUUCGUGCCUCUCAGGGGGAGGAGAGUUUCCUUCUUCUUUAAGCCACUGUCUCUCCCUGAGUCCAAAACGUUGAGCCGACUUUGUAACGUUAGUUGUGACCUAUCAAACAUUACUAUGUAAUAUAGAACCAAAAAAAAAUAGAAAAAGAAAAAAAAAAGAUAGAGAAAGAAACAUGGAAGUGUUUUUAAAACUCUGUGACUACAAGCACAAGGCGUUGCUGAGAUUUUGUGAUUACAAUGUGUAUCAAGCCUUGGUUUAACUGUGAAUAUUGUUGAUAGAAUAUUUUGUAAUAUUUAGCCAUCGUUUGGCGAAACCAGAGCAGCUGCCUACCCCGCCCCCUUUUUCGUCCAGCCCGCCCCUUUAUGUCUGCCCCGCCCCUUUCCUCUGUCCACUGCUGGCCUGCUUCCUGUAGUUGUUCUGAUCUAAGUGUUAUUGUCAUUAUCGCUCAAUGGGUAUUAAAAAUGUGUCUAGUUUGCGUAAAAACUA